GGCCCGGCGCGGAGCCCGGGGCGCCCGGAGCCCCGCCAUGUCGCGAUCCAACCGGCAGAAGGAGUACAAAUGCGGGGACCUGGUGUUCGCCAAGAUGAAGGGCUACCCACACUGGCCAGCCCGGAUUGACGAGAUGCCAGAGGCCGCUGUGAAAUCCACGGCCAACAAAUACCAAGUCUUUUUCUUCGGGACCCACGAGACUCUCCCAUCUCUUCCCGGCCCCAAAGACCUCUUCCCUUACGAGGAGUCCAAGGAGAAGUUCGGCAAGCCCAACAAGAGGAAAGGGUUCAGCGAGGGGCUGUGGGAGAUCGAGAACAACCCCACCGUCAAGGCUUCCGGCUACCAGUCCUCCCAGAAAAAGAGCUGCGUGGAGGAGCCUGAGCCCGAAGCCGCAGAGGGCGAUGGCGAUAAGAAGGGGAACGCAGAGGGCAGCAGCGACGAGGAAGGGAAGCUGGUCAUCGACGAGCCGGCCAAGGAGAAGAACGAGAAGGGGGUGCUGAAGCGGAGAGCGGGGGACCUGCUAGAGGACUCCCCUAAACGUCCCAAGGAGGCAGAAGACCCUGAAGGGGAGGAGAAGGAGGCAGCCACCUUGGAGAGUGAGAGGCCUCUCCCUGUGGAGGUGGAAAAGAAUAGCACCCCGUCUGAGCCAGGCUCUGGCCGGGGGCCUCCUCAGGAGGAAGAGGAGGAAGAGGAGGAAGAGACUGCCAAGGAAGAUGCCGAGGCCCCGGGCGUCAGAGAUCACGAGAGCCUGUAGCCACCAAUGUUUCAAGAGGAGCCCCCGCCCCGUUCCUGCUGCUGUCUGGGUGCUACUGGGGAAACUGGCCAUGGCCUGAAAACUGGGAACCCCUUUCCCGCCCCAGCCCGCUCUCCUCUCCCACUCACUCCCCCACUCCAAGCCCAGGCCCCAAGACCGACCUGGGUGGAGCAGGCCACCAGCGCUCGCCGCCAGGUCCCUGCUCCCCUGUGGUCUGAGUCAGGGCCAUAGCUUAUGCUCCCUGGGAUGAGAUGAGGCCACUUGUUCCUUUCCGCUUGGAGCUGUUUCCCAGAGCUGUUCUUGGGGCCUGGGCUGUUUCCACCUCCUGACACCCUUCUCUCCCUCCCCGAGGCAUUCUGGACUUCUGGGUUGGGGUGGGGUAGGAGUGGAAGGGAUGGAACAUGAACAGCAGGGUGGGCUUCUGGAGCCUGGGCGGGCAGUCCUCGAAUUGAGGUGGGGCAGGAAGCUGGCAUCUUUUGAGCUGUCCUCUUCUCCCCCAUCCAUUCUCCCAGCUGCCUAGAUUCAGGGAAAGCAGAACAGCUUAUGUGUGGGAGGAUCUCCCCUAUAAAUCCUUCUUGAUUGACAACACCAUUCUUCCUUUUGCUGACCCCAGGAGUUCUGGGAGUUGUGGUUUAUCAUCAAAAGAUUUGGGGGCUUCCAAGUUGUUUGGGCCAAGCACCCGAGAUCUGGAGGGUUGACCCCACCCAUUUGGGUGGGAGUGUUAAGCAUCUGCCCCCUUUUAGAUCUCUGGGGCCAGAGAUGGGGUGCCCUGGGGAGACCCCAAGCUGCUCUUUUCCCACUCCCCAGUGCUCACGGCCAGCCUGCAGUCCUCUACAUCACCCAGACAUAAAGGAAAAGACACAUUUUUUAGGAAAUGUUUUUAAUAAAAGAAAAUUAAAAAAAAAUUUUAAAGACCCUUAGCCCUCGUGUGCUCCCCAUCCUGCUCCUCCUUCCUCACCAUGGCCCCCAUUUCUGAGGUGCACUGGGAGGCUCCCUUUCUGUUUGGGGUUUGAUGACUUUCUUUUUGUAGCUGGGGCUUUGGUGUUCCUUCUGGUGUCAUUUCCCAUCCGCUGUCCCAACUGGUCCCCUCAGUGUUGUCACCAGACCCGACUUGUAACCUGCUGAGAGGACAGAGGGGAGUGCCCGCCUGCUCCCAGCCUCGUCCCAGUGGUCUCUCCACCUCUCUUCUGUCUCUUGUCUCGUUUACUUUGCCCCUCUCCCCUGGGCUCUGAUGAAAAAUUGCUGACUGUAGCUUUGGAAGUUUAGCUCUGAGAACCGUAGACUAUUUCAGUUCUAGGAAAAUAAAACCCGUUGAUUACUA